AUGGCACCAGAGCAUGAUUUCUUCUUCAAGAUCCUGUUGAUUGGCGAUAGUGGAGUAGGCAAGAGUUGUCUAUUGCUUAGAUUCGCAGAUGACUCAUGGACCGAUACGCAUAUCAGUACCAUCGGUGUAGAUUUUAAAAUUAAGACAUUGAACCUUGAUGGAAAGACUAUAAAGCUGCAGAUCUGGGAUACUGCUGGACAGGAGAGAUUCAGAACUAUUACAUCUAGUUACUAUCGUGGCGCACAGGGCAUUAUAUUGGUAUACGACUGCACCGAUCAGGACUCUUUCAACAACGUCAAACAGUGGAUGGGCGAGAUAGACAGAUAUGCAUGCGAGAACGUCAACAAACUGCUGGUCGGCAACAAGACCGACCUUGUAAAUGAGAAAGUGGUCGACACCAACCAGGCCAAGGGCUUCGCCGACAGCAUGGGCAUCCCCUUCAUCGAGACCAGUGCCAAGAACGCCACAAACGUCGAGCAAUGCUUCCACUCGAUGGCCAGAGACAUAAAGAACAGACUCGCAGAUAUCCAAGACACACCAAAGAAAGACGAAGGCAACGUGCCAGUCGGAGGAGGCAACCAGAACAGGAAGAAGAAGAUAUGUUCCAUUUAA